AUGUCGAUCGCUCCCUCUUCAAGUGCUUCCAUCCCUACCAUGGCUGGCUUGAAUGAGGUCCUGGCACGACUUGGACUGUCCGAAUACAUUUCAGUGCUCUCCGAUAAUGGGUUUCAUAACUGGGAAACCGUUGUGGACAUCACUGAAGAAGACCUUACUGCCCUGAACUUCAAGCUCGGACACCGGCGAGCCCUACAACGAGAGAUUGCAACAUACAGAGGAAUUCCUUCAUCGCUGUCUCUGGAUCCCGAAGUGCCCUCAGUCGAGCCAACCACCCUCUCCAGUUCCGCUCUGGAGACCUUGGCACGGCAGACUUCUACCCCUCCGCCCCAUCCUCAAGUCAGCCAGCUAUCAUUCGUCGACAUUGCACGAGAAGUUGGCCGAAGAUGGCAAGAUCUGCCGACCGAGCAGAAACGCGUCUGGGAAAGCAACGCCGCAAGAGCCAUGCAGGAGUUUGAGUCUCAAAUGGAUGAGUACAAAAAAACUGACAACUGGCGAAAGUAUCAAAUUUAUUUGAACGAAUUUAAAUCGCACCAGUCCCAGUCGCAGUCUUCUACGGGAAAACGACCACAUGGCAGCCGUUCAACAACAGACAGCUCCAACAACACGCGCAUCAUGUCACGUGCCAGUCCAAGUUCGUCCGAUAGUCCUCUAACUGCGCCAUCCCUGGGAUCGUCAGGCCUCGAAGCCGAGGUGUGUCACAAUGCCUUGACCUUAGCCUUUAGCGAACUGGUCACUCUUCGGGCAGAGAUCCUCCACUCCGGCACAAAGCCAUACGAUGCACUUCACUUGCCCUCUGAACAGCUCGUCAAGCGUGCCAUGUACGCAUUUAUCCGCGGCACAGGGUCAUUGCUGUUCAUCUGGACCUACGAACAGGCCGAUGAGCUUCUUGAGAAGAUCUAUCGCCCUAAAGCGAACGUGGACGCCAUGACACUGGCAGAAUGUUUCUCCCUCGCAGCCAUGGGUGCCCACUACGACAUGGAAUGCUUCCCCGACCGGAUCCGCAUGGUGUUAUACGCCUCGAGCACAUUGCACUUCCACGAGCAAACAGCACAACAAGACCAUUUGCGAACAAUGCGCUUGUUCUUGUCCAUGUCUUUCUAUGCACUACUCGAGAAACACAUGAGUGCUAGGUACCUCAUUGGUAAGUUGGGAAUGAAAGCAGGCUGGAGGACCGCCUCUAUGACCCCUCUGCCCAAACUGAUGACCAUUGAUGAGCUCAUCCACACGCAAACCAGCAAAAUUGGCAUAAUCGCCGCUGAGAUCACGAGGGCGAUGUCGUCGCCAGAGCUCGCUACGCGAGACAAUAUUACUCUCCUGAGCAAGAAACUUGAGGCGUGGCGGAUUAUGUAUCUAGGAGCAUUGGUACUGUUGUACCGUCAGCUCUUGGUCGCGACAGCCGAGACUCAGCUGACCGACGGCGCUGCAUGGAACACAAACAUCACAGAAAGUGAAGCGCGGGGAUACCGCGACGAGUGUGCAAUGGCUGCUCAGCAGAUGGCGCGCAUUCUGAACCUCAUCUCAUAUGAUGGUACACUGACGAGGCGUUGCUGGAUAAUCAUUUACUGGUCGUUCACUGCUGGCAUCGUGCUUCUUUUCAGCGCCACGAGCAAAAUGCUUGACGGCCAAAGUGAGGGCGUGGAGACAGAUCUGAAUUACGCCAAAGUAUGUAUCGACAAGCUCGAGCCCUGCCGUGCUUUGGAGCCAGUCGCAGCCCGCUAUCUCGACACACUCUGGCCCCUGUACGACUCACUGCGUGACAAGUACCAACGCAUGGUGGGACGAUCAAAGACGAGCAUAUUCGCAAUCCUGCAAGCCGACCCAGCUCUGCUGAGUCCCCCGAUCGCCGUGUCCAAGGAUGAAAUGGGCCCGAUUUGCGAAAAGCUGGCAGUCCUGCUAACGGACCCAUUCGGCAGAAAGCAACUGUCGAACGAUGGAAGCAUGCGGCGCGCACUCAAUGCCGAUGGGUCUUGCUCGGUGUUCUGGUGGAAAUAG